AUGUUCAAGCAACUCACCAAAUCUAUUCCAUUUAAGGCUGUAGAACGCCCAUUAUUAGCAAGAUCAUAUAUUGCUGGUCAGUUCACGGGUCAAAAGAAACCCAACGGUAAAUAUACUGUUACAUUGAUUGAAGGUGAUGGUAUUGGACCGGAGAUUUCCCAGUCGGUGAAGGACAUUUACGCUGCUGCUGAUAUCCCCAUUGAAUGGGAACCUGUAGAUGUUACUCCGUUGUUAAUUGACGGCAAAACCACUUUGCCCCAACCUGCCGUGGACUCGGUCAACAGAAACUUGGUUGCUUUGAAGGGACCUUUGGCAACUCCCGUUGGUAAAGGUCACACCUCGAUGAACUUGACAUUGAGAAGAACUUUCAACUUAUUUGCCAAUGUGAGACCUUGUAAGUCCAUUGUUGGCUAUAAGACUCCAUACGACAAUGUUGAUACCGUUUUGAUUAGAGAAAACACAGAGGGUGAAUAUUCUGGUAUUGAACACACAAUUGUUCCUGGUGUUGUCCAAUCAAUUAAAUUGAUUACUAAACCAGCUUCUGAAAAAGUCAUUAGAUAUGCUUUUGAGUAUGCCAAAUCCAUCAACAAACCACAUGUUCUUGUUGUUCAUAAAGCUUCCAUUAUGAAACUAUCUGAUGGUUUGUUUGUUAACACUGCUAAGGAAGUUGGUAAAGAAUACCCCGACGUCUCCUUAGAUUUCGAAUUAUUAGAUAACACUUCAUUGAAAUUGACCUCCGACCCAUCUCAAUAUAAAAAUAUAGUUAUGGUCAUGCCUAACUUGUAUGGAGAUAUCAUGUCUGAUUUAUCAUCUGGUUUAAUUGGUGGAUUAGGUUUAACUCCAUCUGGUAAUAUGGGUAACAAGGUUUCUAUUUUUGAAGCCGUUCAUGGUUCAGCCCCUGAUAUCGCUGGACAAGGUAAAGCUAACCCUACUGCGUUGUUGUUGUCUUCUUGUAUGAUGUUGAGACACAUGUCCUUGAACGAAGAAGCUAAAAGAGUUGAAGAUGCAGUAUUGAAGACAAUUGCUUCGGGUCCAGAAAACAGAACCGGUGAUUUGAAAGGUACCGCAUCCACUAAACACUUUACACAAGAGGUCAUUAAAAACUUAUAG